CGUCUCAGGAAGAGGGAAAUCUCAAAGUUUGGUGAAAACGUAAACAAAGCAUGACAUUUUGUGUCACUGGUUAGUUGGUGGCAAAAACCAGAGGUCCAAAUUGACAAGACAUUACGCUUAUUUUAGGCAGUUACUUUAACUAUAAGACGACCAUGGACACAAAUACUUUGUUGCUCCGGUUUGAUGGACGCUCCCGGUUGCUGCUCCGUUCUCUACUCUUGGGAGCUACCGGUGCCCGUCGAGGUCUGUGGGUGUUUCAGCGGCAGCGACGGUCAGACCCGGACUUCUACCUGCACAACUGUCUCGAGACUCUUUGCCAGCAGGAAAUAUGCCCGAAUAGUGAUGCUCAAACCCUGACAACGUGAGAAAAUAGUCCAAACUCGUUUAUUCCACUAAAGUUAAUCAGCUAGGCUUUUUGGCCUCGUUGUUUGACUUCUCUAGACUGACCAGACUAGUGAUGUGUAUUUUAAUGUGAAAAAAUACAUACAAUAUACGAUUCUCUUCGAUAACCCACUGCUCUUCUCCUUAGCAAACCACUCGUGUGCCUGUUUCCAGUUGCCUUCCAACGGAGCCUCGUGUCCUUCCUCCAUCUCACCCACCCUUUGCAUUCCCGGACCAGUGUCCUUUGCCUGCUAGACUGCCUCAGCCAGGGGGAGCAUGCCCCAAACCCCUGGGUGUCCUGCCCUGGUCGUACAGCUCCGGAGAGACCUUGGAGCCCCUGGGGGGAAGGAGCCUCUAAUCACCCCCCAGUGCAGAGAAAGACUAAGGGUACUAUGUGAGCGUUUGAGGGGUAGUGGUGGUGAUCAAGCAACAGGAUGGGCUUCAUGUUUAGGUGGACCAAUAGAGCCACAACCGGCCUCAUCCUCACAGAGUGGGCUAGAUGAUGUGGUUCCACAGAGGAAGAGGAAGAGCAGCUGUGUGGAUCUGGACUCAGAACCUGAGGAGGACUCCGGACAACAGCGUAAGAGGAUGAAGAUAAGUCUCUCUCCUGUGGACACUGAGAGGAGGUGUAGCAGUAUGGUGUAUGCGGUGGGAACGGAGGGUUUGAAAGAUGAGAUGGAGACGGACCGGGUGGAUGGUGUCUUCCCAGAACCAGCUGUGGAACCACAGCAGCCAGCAGCAGAAAGUCCAAGUGAUGCCCUGCCUGAGCAAGUACAGGUGAGACAAAUAAAGAACUUGACUCUUCAGUCACAUUAGUAUUCUGUUGACAACACCGAAGAACUGAAAUUAACUUAUGUGUUUUCUUGGUUCAGGCUUCUAUCCCUCAAAUCAAGGAACUAUUGGAAAGUGAGGUGGAGGUAAGAUACCUAUUUUAACUAAGUGAUCAUGUCUGAGAUACACUCACAUGAAAGUGCCUUAAUCCCCUGUGUCCUCUUUGUUUAGUGGGACCAGAGCUCAGUGGAUGUCUUCAAGGUGCUGAACGACUGUGAUCCCUCCCAGGUUGAACUUUUUAAAAUUGACACUAAAACGUACACAAAAUCAGGUCACUCAUGAUCACUGCUUCCGAUAACAACCCUUCUCUCUGUAGGUAGAGGUCUUAUGUAGGAUGCUGAGUUUGUCUGAGACUCCAGAACAGACCCUACCUCAGCUCUGUAGCUGCCUGCUGGACCUCUCGCCUGAUCUCAGUCACAGCACAGCAGUCACACUCAUCAAGAGUAUCCUGCUGGGAAAGGUACCUCACAGUUCAUUCACAUGUACCCUUUUCACACUACUGACCAAAACUGAGCCAAGCCAAGCUGCACUGGGCUGGCCUGGUUACCAAUCCAUCAUAGUUUUCUUUGCUGGAAAGGACAAUGUGAAAAUAAAAAUCAGAGCCAGCACAAUUUGAGUCGGCCCUAUAGUGUGAGUAAGACAGUGGCUUGUUAGGCUAACUGUCUCCCAUACUGUUUACCUCUGGCAGGUCCUGUCCCUUUCUGAACCUGCCUCCCGCUGUCUAGUCAUGGCUGUGACGUCACUAUGCAGUCGCUACCCCAGGCCAACCUGCCAUGCUUUGAUUGGACCAGUCCUGGAGGAAGGGCAGACAGGUGAGUGGGAAACACGCAUUGAUCAAUUGUGGACUCCAAAAUAGACAAGCAUUAACUGUCAGUCAAUGAAUUUAGCCGUCGAUAUAUUAUUCACCACCUAAUGAUGUUCUAUUCAGGCACUAAUAAUCGUUCUAUUUAUAUAUAAUUUCUUUUUAUUUACCACGUAUAUCUAAAUCUGGAAUGUCCCAUCAGGCAGUGCACAGGCUGAGCUGCUCAUCAGAUUGAUAGAAGACUGCCUUGAUCCCCACUACAGACUGCUGAUGUUUCAGUAAGACAAAUCAACCCAGUGGGUGUUGUGGAUCUAACAACUAGUGAAGUGUUCUGGUUGUAAUGAUUAUAUGCAUUUUAAUACUCUUUUACAGUCUCAUAAGCUCUUCUUUUGUCCAGGAUGACACUCAAAGGGAUUUGGUGUGAAGGAGUGCUGUCCGUCAUUCAUGCCCUGCUGGACAAGAAGGUGAACCAUGAAUCUACUCCACUCACAUACAAACUAGUCCUCUAAUGUACCGUACCUAUCCAAACCAGACCAAACUAUACUGAACAAAAAUAUAAACGCAAAAUCCAACAAUUUCAACGAUUUUACUGAGUUACAGUUCAUAUAAGGAAAUCAGUCAAUUAAAAAAACGAGUUGUUCCCCACCAAAGGGCUUUAUUAUAGACAGAAAUACUCCUCAGUUUUAUCAGCUGUCCGGGUGGCUGGUCUCAGACGAUCCCGCAGGUAUUUGUAUUUAUUAUGGAUCCCCAUUAGUUCCUGCCAAGGCAGCAGCUACUCUUCCUGGGGUCCAGCAAAAUGAAGGCAGUUCAUACCAUUUAAAAAAACAUUACAAUACAUUUACAGAUUUCACAACACACUAUUAUUAACGUUAGCUCUCUGUGUACAUCCAAGGGCCAGCCGUGCUGCCCUGUUCUGAGCCAAUUGCAAUUGUCCUCUAAGUUCUUUUUUGUGGCACCUGACCACACGACUGAACAGUAGUCCAGGUGUGACAAAACUAGGGCCUGUAGGACCUGCCUUGUUGAUAGUGCUGUUAAGAAGGUAGAGCAGCGCUUUAUUAUGGGCAUACUUCUCCCCAUCUUAGCUACCGUUAUAUAUGUUUUGACCAUGACAGUUUACAAUCCAGGGUUACUCCAAGCAGUUUAGUCACCUCAACUUGCUCAAUUUCCACAUUAUUUAUUACAAGAUUUAGUUGAGGUUUAGUAAAUGAUUUGUCGCAAAUACAAUGCUUUUAGUUUUAGAAAUAUUUAGGACUAACUUAUUCCUUGCCACCCACUCUGAAAUUAACUGCAACUCUUUGUUAAGUGUUGCAGUCAUUUCAGUCGCUGUAGUAGCUGACAUGUAUAGUGUUGAGUCAUCUGCAUACAUACACACCCUGGCUUUACUCAAAGCCAGUGGCAUGUCAUUAGUAAAGAUUGAAAAAUGUAAUGGGCCUAGACAGCUUCCCUGUGGAAUUCCUGAUUCUACCUGGAUUAUGUUGGAGAGGCUUCCAUUAAAGAACACCCUCUGUGUUCUGUUAGACCGGUAACUCUGUAUUCACAAUAUAGCAGGUGGAGUAAAGCCAUAACACAUAUGUUUUCCAGCAGCAGACUAUGAUCAUAAUGUCAAAAGCUGCGCUGAAGUCUAACAAAACAGCCCCCACAAUCUUUUUAUCAUCAAUUUCUCUGUCAAUCAUCAGUCAUUUGUGUAAGUGCUGUGCUUGUUGAAUCUCCUUCUCUAUAAGCAUGCUGAAAGUGUGUUACUGUAAAAUAGCAUUGUAUCUGGUCAAACACCAUUUUUCCAAUAGUUUACUAAGGGUUGGUAACAUGCUAAUUGGUCGGCUAUUUGAGGCAGUAAAUGGGGCUUUACUAUUUUUAGGUAGCGGAAUGACUUUUGCUUCCCUCCAAGCCUGGGGGCACACACAUUCUAUUAAGCUUAAAUUGAAAAUAUGGCAAAUAGGAGUGGCAAUAUCGUACGCUAUUAUCCUCAGUAAUUUUCCAUCCAAGUUGUCAGACCCCGGUGGCUUGUCAUUGUUGAUAGACAACAAUCAUUUCUUCAACUCUUCCACACUUACUUUACAGAAUUCAAAAUUACAAUGCUUGUCUUUCAUAAUUUGGUCAGAUAUACUUGGAUGUGUAGUGUCAGCAAUUGUUGCUGGCAUGUCAUGCCUAAGUUUGCUAAUCUUGCCAAUGAAAAAAGUAUAAAGUAGUUGGCAAUAUCAGUUGGUUUUGUGAUGAAUGAGGCAUCUGAUUCAAUGAAUGAUGGAGCUGAGUUGAAGAAGCCGGAUGUGGAGGUCCUGGGCUGGUCUGCGUUUGUGAGGCCGAUUGGACGUGCUGCCAAAUUCUCUAAAACGACGUUGGAGGCAGCUUAUGGUAGAGAAAUUAACAUUACAUUAUCUGGCAACAGCUCUGGUUGACAUUCCUGCAGUCAGCAUGCCAAUUGCACAUGUGGCAUUGUGUUGUGUGACAUUUUAGAGUAGCCUUUUAUUAUCCCCAGCACAAGGUGCACCUGUGUAAUGAUCAUGCUGUUUAAUCAGCUUCUUGAUAUGCCACACCUGUCAGGUGGAUGGAUUAUCUUCAGGUGGAUGGAUUAUCUUGGCAAAGGAGAAAUGCUCACUAACAGGGAUGUAAACAUAUUUGUGCAUAAAAUUUGAGAGAAAUAAGAUUUUUGUGUGUAUCGAACAUUUCUGGGAUCUUUUAUUUCAGCACAUGAAACAUGGGACCAACACUUUACAUGUUGCAUUUUAUAUUUAUGUUCAGUAUAGUUCUCUAAUGUACCAUACCUAUCCAAACCAGACCAAUUGAUUUGACCGUAUUGUAUGUGAAAACAAGAGUAUUCAUAAAAUCCUUAGUCUCUCAUUGAUUUGAAUCUGUUUGUAUCACUUUUCAGCUGGAGCUAAAUGAAGAGCUGUUCACACUCUUCACUGACCAGCUAAGCUCCCAGGCACCUCAUUUCACCAAGUCCAUGAAGUUUGCCAAGAUGAUGCUAACUGUGCUCACCAAGUAUAACACGCAUGUAGGUUAUACCAAUCAAUCAAAUGGAUUUGUAAAGCCCUUUUUACAUCAGCAGUUGUCGAAAAGAGCUGUACAGUAACCUGGCCUAGAUCCUAAAGAGGAAGCAGAGGCACGUUGGUUAUGAAAACCCCUUAAGUCAAGUCUACAACUGUAACUUAGUCUGUUUACUGACACACUCCUAUUCUUGUCUGAUUGUAUUUGUCCAGGUCACUAUGGCUCACAAACACACUCUGUCCUGCUGCUUGUCCUCCAAUGAGACAUUCUUGAAGAAGUCCCUUCAAGCUGCCCUGAAGAGAAUCAAACAUUCAUGAAAUACUGUCUGAAUCCCUAUACCUUAAUGAACUAUUAAAUGAAUGAUAAUGCCUGAGAACAUGGUAGGUUAUUUUAAAGUCAUUUUACUACAAUAGUAUGUCAGCUGUGUUUUUUUAUUACAAGUGGGACUUUUGUUGUUUCAUAUUGAUUUAAAUGUCCAAAUUCUGGAAUUCUGCAAGAACUUACAUAGUAUACAUAAGCAUGUAUGUAUAAACAAUGUUGCAAAUGUCUGGAAUGCGGUUUUAACCAAU